AUGGGUCUCCUUCAAGAACUGGCGGGCCAUCCGCUCGCCCAACAAUUCCAGGAACUUCCCCUGGGCCAGCAAGUUGGAAUUGGCUUUGCAGUCUUCCUCGUGCUCUCCGUCGUCCUCAAUGUCCUCAACCAGCUCCUCUUCCGAAACCCCAAUGAGCCCCCUAUGGUCUUCCACUGGUUCCCCUUUGUUGGAAGCACCAUCACAUACGGAAUGGACCCCCCCACGUUCUUCAGAGAGAACCGUGCCAAGCACGGCGAUGUCUUCACCUUUAUCCUCCUCGGAAAGAAAACCACUGUCGCUGUUGGCCCUGCUGGAAACGACUUCAUCCUCAACGGCAAGCUCAAGGAUGUGUGUGCUGAGGAGAUCUACACCGUUCUCACUACUCCUGUCUUUGGCAAGGAUGUCGUCUAUGACUGCCCCAACGCCAAGCUCAUGGAACAGAAGAAGUUCAUGAAGAUUGCCCUGACCACCGAAGCCUUCCGAUCCUACGUUCCCAUCAUCUCCUCCGAGGUUCGCGAUUACUUCAAGAGAAGCCCCGACUUCAAGGGCAAGUCUGGCAUUGCCGAUAUCCCCAAGAAGAUGGCCGAGAUCACUAUCUUUACUGCUUCCCAUGCUCUCCAGGGCAGCGCCAUCCGCAGCAAGUUUGACGAGUCCCUGGCCGCUCUCUACCACGACCUCGAUAUGGGCUUCACCCCCAUCAACUUCAUGCUUCACUGGGCCCCUCUCCCCUGGAACCGUAAGCGCGACCACGCCCAGCGCACUGUUGCCAAGAUCUACAUGGACACUAUCAAGGAGCGCCGCGCCAAGGGCAACAACGAAUCCGAGCAUGACAUGAUGAAGCACCUUAUGAACUCUACAUACAAGAACGGUAUCCGUGUCCCUGACCACGAGGUUGCCCACAUGAUGAUUGCCCUCCUUAUGGCUGGCCAGCACUCUUCUUCUUCCACCAGCUCAUGGAUCAUGCUCCGUCUCGCUCAGUACCCUCACAUCAUGGAAGAGCUCUACCAGGAGCAGGUCAAGAACCUCGGUGCUGAUCUGCCUCCUCUGACUUACGAAGACCUUGCCAAGCUGCCCCUUAACCAGGCUAUCGUCAAGGAGACCCUUCGUCUCCAUGCUCCUAUCCACUCCAUCAUGCGCGCCGUCAAGUCUCCCAUGCCCGUCCCUGGCACUAAGUAUGUCAUUCCCACUUCGCACACUCUUCUCGCUGCUCCUGGUGUCAGUGCUACCGACUCUGCCUUCUUCCCCAACCCUGAUGAGUGGGACCCUCACCGAUGGGAGGCAGACUCUCCCAACUUCCCCCGCAUGGCUUCCAAGGGCGAGGACGAGGAGAAGAUCGACUACGGUUACGGCCUUGUCAGCAAGGGUUCAGCUUCUCCCUACCUGCCUUUCGGCGCUGGCCGUCACCGAUGCAUUGGUGAGCACUUUGCCAACGCCCAGCUUCAAACCAUUGUUGCCGAGGUUGUUCGCGAGUUCAAGUUCCGCAACGUUGAUGGCGGUCACACCCUGAUCGAUACCGACUACGCCUCGCUCUUCUCCCGACCUCUGGAGCCCGCCAACAUUCACUGGGAGCGACGCCAGUAA